AUGGCUUUUUUAAAAUCACUCCAGCAGCAAACGGAGAUCCGGAACCUAUCGAUUGGGGAGCUGACAAAGGAUUUAGAGUAUCCUGUCAACACAAUGAGCACCGUGGAAACAAAAUUCGGACCGGCUGUGCAAUGCGUUUUACAAGACCCGUCUGGUGUUGGAAUAAUUAACGUCUUCCUGCCUAAGACUGUGCGAAUGACCGGAGAAGAAAUCAAUCGGUAUAAUCUCCGCGAGGUCGAUCCGGUCAGGCUAAUUUUUCGGGGUAUGAACAAAAGAAGUUUCAUUAUAGCUUUCGUAUGA